AUGGAAAGUCCAACCCUUCAGUCAGGGUCUCUACCCUCUUUCAAGCCUUAUGUUCUCUCACCUUUGGAUCAUGCUCUGCCUUGCUUCUAUCUGACAGCGACAUUCACUUUUUCAUUACAAGAUUUGACAGAGGGCAUAUCAGCUCUUGAAGCAGCUGUACCGCAAUUAGUAUCCAAGUUACCAUUCCUCAGUGGCAAUCUGGUCUGGAAAACCCACCCCGACAACGCCAAGGUAGUGGGAGAGAUUCACCCACCCACCGCAGCUACAUGGAACACAUAUCCCAUGCUGAAGGUCAAGUAUCAUGGCGGUAAAUACACCCCCAUAUCAUACGGAAGGAUCAAUGGCCCAGGUCAAUCGGAUGUGGUCUCUUAUGAUAACAUCUUGCGUGAGGAGUUUUUGCCAUUGCCUUUCGAAAUCGUCCUUGGUGAAACAAGUCCUGUGUUACGAUUUCAAGCGAACGUCCUCGCAGAUGGUAUCAUCCUCUGCGUAAGCUUUCACCAUAAUGUACUAGACGGGAAGGGAGUGAAUACUGUCAUGGAAGCAUUGGCCGCAUGUUGUCGGAAUCCGACAAACGUACAGCAGAAUGAGCUUCCCACUGAUCCUAUCAGUGAGGCCUUGUGCCGCAACCGUCUCUCUGCUACCACCUCACCACCUCCUGAUGCAUUUGUGGUACGGAGAGGGAAGAAUUGCCCUAUCCCCGCUGCACCUAAGCAGGGCCUUCAGGCGCCCAUCACUCGGUUGCUCGUCUUGAGCGGGGCGAAGAUCAUACGGCUCAAGAGAAUGUGCAAUGCAAUUGUGCAACAUAUAGCUCGCGGAGAGGUCCAGUCUUCAGAAGUCAAGCAAUCGAUCCCUGCAUUGUCAAGCAAUGACAUUAUCUCUGCCUUGAUGUGGCUUUGCGUCCUUCGAUCACAAGCCGCAUCGGACUCUCGUUUUCUGAAGCGAGGAAGAUCCUGCUUUUCAUUUCCGACUGACGCUCGUAUCAUCUUCACUGAUGGUCUCCGGUCCACGUAUAUUGGAAACUCAGUCGUUUCCGCCAAUAUAGAAUCGCCGUUCUUGAUUGAGGAUGCAGUCCACUCCUCCUCUGCCACCGUCUCCUCGCCGGAUGAAUUCAAUCUAUCUUUAAUCGCUCGCCUAGCCCUAGUGAUCCGGACCGGGUUCAGAUCCGUUGACAAAAAGUAUGUUGAAGAUGUUAUUUCUUCUAUUAGCACAGGAGACCAUGCUAUGGUGACCGCAAGUAACGCCGACUUCGCCCUGAGUAGCUUGCGCCAUAUGGGAUUCUAUGGGUUAAACUUUGGUCCGGUCCUGGGUAAGAUUGCACAUGUUGAUUUGCCGGAUCCCCGAAUGAAGAAUCAGGCAUGGGUUCUUCCCGAUAGGUAUCCUAGUCCUGGUGGAAGGUCAUCCUGGGAGAUCCGCAUCACAUUGGACCCUCCGGUGAUGAAGCAUUUGGUUGAAGACAAGCUGUUUCAGUGGAUGAGAGACACAGACUUAUCCAAGUUAUGA